GAUAUUUACAUACAUUCAUGCGUAAGCACGCUCGGUCGGUAAUUGCCUUCUUCCAUUCACCCACCGCCGCCGCCGCCGCCGCCGUCACCGUUUUGCAGGAAAAAAAGUUUGCACUCGUCUUCCUUUGCCCCAAAGCAAGUGAGGCGGGAAACGGAGCUCCGAGAACGUGAAGCCGAAGCCGUUUGGGGAAGGUGGCGGCAGUUUUCUCUAAUUAUUGUCUCUAGGGUUGUUAUUGUUGUGCCAUUGUACAAUCGUAGGAAAGUAGAGUUGCGAAUCGAGGGGGAUGGCUCCUGUGCGUAGGCGUGGAGCGAAACGCGUCGAGAACAGGGAACAGUUAAAUUUGGGCGAUCUUGUUCUCGCCAAGAUCAAGGGUUUUCCUGCUUGGCCUGCCAAGAUUAGCAGACCUGAAGACUGGAAACAUGUGCCAGACCCCAAAAAGUACUUCGUCCAGUUUUUUGGGACAUUAGAAAUAGCUUUUGUUGCUCCUGCUGAUGUUCAGUUGUUCACUUGUGAAUUAAAAGAUAAAUUGUCUAUACGAUGCCAAGGUAAGAAAGACAAAUACUUUGCCCGAGCUGUUAAAGAAAUAUGUGAAGAAUUUCAACAGUUGCAGCAGAAAAAUGCAACUGUCGUUAGAAAUGAUGGAAGUAAAGAGACUCUUGCAUCCGAGGAACAACAACUUAAUUCAGCCGCAGAACAUGAUGGGGGCAAUGGCACUGAAAUGGAAGGAUCGAAGGACAACUUGGAGAUGGAGGGUUCAAAUGGUCCGGCUUCUGAGUUGGAGCAUUGUUUUCAAAGACAAAAUGAGGUGAAUUUUGAAGAAGUCAAGCCUUGCUUGUCAGAUGAAGUCGAUCCUGAUGCAGUCCCAACUGCAUCUUCUGGGAAGAACAGCAAGCUCUUGGCUGAUCAUGCCAGGAAUUCAGCAUCACUUCCUGAUCCUUGUCUUAAGGAGCCAUGUUCUGAUGAUUUCAAGGUGGAGGAUGCAUCUUGUGAUUUUAGCCUGAAGGAAUUGACUAGUGGAAACAAAAAAAAGGCAACAGGAUUAAAGAAGAAACCUAAGGACGCAAUGUGCAGCAAUAGUGGUUCAAGUGGUCAUUGUCAUCAAGGAAAACAUUCUUUAGGUUGUACCACAAUGGUCUUAUCUGCUGAUAUCUCAAGAUCAGAUAUUGAUGUUGGAGGUGAAAAGAAGGGGAAAGUAGAUUUAGAGACCGAAACUGAUGGUGGAGAUAAUUCUGAAGGAAAUCUUGAGGAGCAUAAAGAAUCUACCUCAAGUAAACAAAUGAAUGCCAAACAUGGUCAGGAAAAACAGAAGUCUCAGACAAAAGAAUCCUCAUUUCCUGGAAAAUUAUCAAAAUGUGCUGAUACUGUAAAGGACAAGGUUAAAGCGAAUGAAAGCAGGAAAAUUAAUGCUAAAAGUCCUAAUGUACUAGAUGAAAAAAUGACUAGUACAAAGUCUAAAAAAUUAACAUCGGCUGGUAAGUCUACAAAUCGUUACCCCAUCAGAGGGCGGGCCACAAUUAAUGAGUCAAACCAUUCCAGUGAUGAAGAUGACCUCCCUCCAUCUAAGCGUCAUUGCCGCUCAUUGGCGGAAACAUCUAGUACUUCUGUUGCUGACAACAGACUGAAGAGUUCUGUAUCUCAAAAAAUUGACUCAGUUCUCCGUAAAAGUGCUCGAUCCCCAGUUAAGCAGUUGCCAGCAAAGCGCAGAGCUGUCCGCCUAUGUGAUGAUGAGGAUGAUGAAUCACUGAAAACUCCAAUUCAUGGAAGACUUGCUAAUAAGGUUUCUGUUGUUCCUUGUGCAGCAGAUUCACCAGAAAAAGUCAUAAUGCAUGUAGAGAAUAAUGUAGAGAAUCAAAAUAUCUCUAGAAAUCCAGGAGUAAGUGAUGAUUUCUUAAAAGAACAAGGAAAGCUUGAUUGUGAAUCCAAUAAAUCCUUAUCACCAGCUGUGGGACAAGGAGUGGGACAGAAAACCAGAGAAAUAUCCUGUGCCAAUGUUUGCCGUAGCCCACAGAAGUUAGAAUCUGAGGAACUACCUUCCCUGGAAGCGAUAUCAGUUUUUAUAUCUCCUAAAGGAUCCUCUCAAUCUGUUAGUGAUACGAGACUAUAUGGAGAAGAAAACAAGCGCUCUUGUGAGGUUCCUAAAAAUGUUUCUCUGAAAAAAAAUUCUGCCAGAGACAGCAUAGGUGCUACAGCUUUUAAUAGGUCUGUUACUCUUAUUAAUCAAUCAGUAGAUAAAAGAAUCAAGUCAGCCUCAGUGGAGAAAUGGAAAACUACUCCAAAGACAGAUUUACUGAUCAAAAGUCCUGGACUGGGCACAAAAAGUGAAAGCACUACAUCUCUUGAAGAAAGGCUGGAUGAUGAUAAGGUUGAUGAAACAAGCUUUCGUAGUGAUUCUAAAGGAUCAGGCUCUCCCCUGUCUAUGAAACGUCUUAUUGCUGCUGCUCAAGCAAGGAAAAGACAAGCACAUUCACAGAGCACUUUGGAAAACUCCUUUGUGCAUUUAUUUCCUGAAAUUGACAUGCCUAGGACUGUACCAAAUCCUAUCCUAUCUGAGCCAGGAUUUGAAUCAAGCAAGAUGCUUCAGUUGGACAUGCAAAGACUGUUUUCCACUUCUCCAUUGCCCUAUCUACAUCAACUUUCAUCUAGUAACCAGCAGGAGAAUGAAGACCGUGAGAAGAGAAGGGUAAAUUCAGAUCAUCAGGGCACUGGAAGUCCUGUAAGUGGUAGUAUUGAAGCUGCUGGAGCUCGGGAUGCCUUUGAAGGGAUGAUAGAAACAUUGUCCAGGACCAAAGAGAGUAUUGGACGUGCAACACGCCUUGCAAUUGAUUGUGCGAAGCGUGGGAUCGCCAAUGAGGUUCUUGAUCUUCUCAUCAAAAAAUUGGAAAACGAGUCAAGCUUACAUCGUAGGGUGGACUUGUUCUUUCUGGUUGACUCAAUAACUCAGUGCUCUAGCGGUCAGCGAGGGAUUGUAGGGGCUUCUUAUAUUCCAAUUGUUCAAGCAGCUUUACCUCGUCUCAUCAGAGCUGCUGCUCCUGCUGAUACAACUGCCCUGGAAAACCGUCGUCAGUGUCACAAGGUUUUACGCCUGUGGCUUGAGAGGAAAAUAUUACCAGAAUCCAUUCUCCGUCGUUACAUGGAUGACCUGGGAGUAGUAAAUGAGAAUCCAUCCGCAGGGUUUUCAUCAAGACGCCCUCUGAGAAAUGAGCGUGCCUUUGAUGAUCCUAUCAGAGAAAUGGAAGGCAUGGUUGUUGACGAAUACGGAAGCAAUGCUACAUUCAAGUUGCAUGAACUGCUGUCAGCUCAUUCGUUUCAAGAAGAUGAGGUGUAUGAGAAUGAUGAUCCGUGCAAAGUUGAUGAUGAUGCAUCACCCACAAAACAUUCCCCUGUUAGGAGCACACAUUUGGAGAACUACACUGUUACACCAAAUGAUCAGCGUCACUGCAUUUUAAAGCAUGUUGAUGGUGAACUUGAAAUGGAAGAUCUUUCUGGGCAUCCAAUGGAUGAAAGAUCUUUGCUAUCCAAUUCCAGUUUUGAGUUGGCUUUACAUGAGCCAAAAUCAGAUAUCGCCCUUGACUCAUCAAACAUAUCUGCUGGUUGGUUGUCUUCACCAGAGGGAUCUCCACCACUGCCACCUGGAUCUUGUCCUGUUACUCCUCCACUACCCAGCUCACCACCUCCACCAUCACCAUCACUACAACCCCUUCCUCCACCUCCUUCAUUUCCUCUGGGGCAACCUUCAUUACAGCAGCAGUCAUUUUCUCAACCACCUGCUUGCCCACCUAAACUUGUUCAUCCACCACUGGCAGCUGGAUUGCCUCCCCCUCCACCACCACGAGUUGGACUGCCUCCGCCACCACCAGCUGGACUGCCUGCACCACCACCAGCUGGAUUGCCUCCUCCACCACGAGUCGGAUUGGCUUCUCCACCUGUUGCUCAACCAGUGGUCGCAACUCAUCUUCCAUCUGCCGGUCCUCCAUCACUGCUUACCCAGCAGUCAGUUCAAUUUCAGCCUCCAGUUAUGUCCCAACACAUGGCUCCACUUCCAUCUGCAGUAUCACAUUCACCCCAGUCGGCUUAUCAACGCCGUCCUUUGCUGCACGAUGCUGGUGGCACACCCUCUGGAAAUCAACACACCCAUGUGUUCUCCAAUGCUCAUGGGUCCCAUUUUGAUGGAAUUGUCAGAACUGAUGUGCAGUCGAAACAGGCACCCUGUGUUCCUCCUCCUAGGGUCAAUGCUCCACAAGACUAUGUUUCCUAUAAUUCAUCAAGGCAUGGAGAAUAUGGGCAGAGUGGUGCAUAUAUGAAUCCACAUGCUCCGCAACAUCAACAACAACUUCUACCUGCUGGUGCCCAUUUGGCACAAAGGCCUGUGCUUUCUGAACUUCCACCUCAAGGCCCACCUAGUCAUUUCUCCUAUAAAAACUCAAUCCAGCGGCAUCAAUAUUCUCUUUGCUCAACACCAAACUCUUCUGAGGAUUCAGGGAGAUACGGGAUGGGUAAAUGUUGGAGAACGCAAGCAAAUGAACUGAAUGCAGAUUACCCUUGCAGUGGAUGGGUGCAACAAGGGAGAUCAUGUUUGGGUCAACCUUAUCCGUAUGAAGGUUAUAGGUAAUUUUGCGAGUACAAUCAGUAAAAUGCGCAACAGAAUAUCAAUUUAGAUCACAAUGGAAUCAAAUUGGUGGGAACUAAUGGGGACACUCUUCAGGACUGUACUAGAAAAUUGAUAAUGCAUUUCCCGGACACUUGUUUGUGAGUGUCCGUUACCUGAACUGGACCUGUGUCAAAUUAAUUGUACGAAUGUUUGUCACAGUGCAUUCCCUGUUGAAGUGUAAAUGAUUGAACACUAUCCUGUUUCCUGGAAUUUCACUGGAAGCUGGCUAGCUUGACAGAGCGACCCUCAACGGAAGAACUGGAUUACAAUGGUACACCAAACUGCACCUUUUGUUGAGUACAUGUUCUUUCAUCCUACUGUGGUUAGUCUGUGUGCUUUCUUUACGAAAAUGAAAUCAAAGAUUACCUGGAAUAGCAAUGGCCCUUUGUUAUGGACAAUCCUAAAAUGCUUUCUCAUGGUAAACUGCAUUUUGUUUUUCAAACAGUUCCCUUUUUAAAUACCUUAAGGCACAUUUGCACUGGGACCUCUUUUGGACACUUCCCCGACAUGGAAGAUUUUGAUGCAUAUUGUGAAAUUAUAAAUUAGAAAAGAUCAUUACAUAAGUAGUGCCUUUUCUUUCUUUUCUUUGGCCAGAUAUUCCAAAUCUGAGUAAUUUGUUUCGUUAUUAGAAUUCGAGUUGGUAGUGAAAGUAGUUUUUUGAAUUUUGAGUUGAUUGAGUAUAGUAGUAGGUAUCUGACC